AUGGCACCUAUAGGCAUAAACGACAUUCUUGAGCGCAAUGACAGAGGACAUGGGUCUGUUGGACCAACCCAAAGUUUUGAAAGCGGCGAUGCCAGAAGCUUUGAGGUAGUUGGUCUUGCAUCCGAUGAGACAACACCCACUGGCAUGAAAGAAGACGUUUUGCUUCUUUCGUGGCUGGCAAUGCUUUUAAAAACACGAGAAGGUGCCCAAGUCUCAUUUGAAUGGGCCUAUGGUAUUUCGGGGGAAAGCAGUCGGUUAUCAAUGAACGAAGUUGUGAAGGGGCUGGAAGAAGAUAUCAUGGAUGCUUCCGCAGCCAUUCGAAAGUAUAUCACUUCCGCGGUGCCCAACGACAAAUCUCCGGUCACAUCUCCGGUUCCCCUAAUUCUGACUACGAAUUCAUUCUCAAGCGAUUCAGAAGAUACCAAAGAAGAAGGCACAAUCCAUCUUGAACUGCGGUUUAACAACAAUCACCUUUAUAUUCGACCACUUUGGACGACUGAGAACAUUCUGCCUUACACAUUAUCACUAUGCAUUGAGACACUGGUUGAAACCAUCAAGAUGUGUCUCUCAAGUCCCUUUUUAUCGAUUCAAGAUUGUCUCCGACCAGGUGCUCGCGACUUGAAAGACAUUUGGGGGUGGAAUCACAUCUUGCCUCCAAGCUAUACAUUCGGGAUGCAUGAAGAAAUCUCAAGGCGUUCCCAAACGCACCCAAGUAAAGUGGCAAUCUCUUCUUGGGACGGUGAGUUGACAUAUGGUCAAAUCGAACAUUACUCCGACUUUGUUGCAGACUCUCUGAGUCAAUCAGGAGUGCAACUUCAAGACUUUGUCCCAAUUUGCUUCGAGAAAUCAUGCUGGACUAUCGUCGCUGUGCUUGCUGUGAUGAAGGCCGGUGGAACCAUGGUCAUGAUGGAUCCGACUUUGCCUCUUGCGCGUCUGCAAAACAUGGCCAGUCAAGUUAGCGCAAAGACAAUCUUGUCAUCUUCAAAGCAAAAGGAGUUCUCAAGAGAAAUUUUGCCAAUUGGGGACCUGGUUGUCGUGGAGGGAAAAUCUUUCACGGGCAUCCCUGGGCCUGAGGAAAUCACAAAACUGCCUUCUGUGCCGGGUUCAACUUUGAUGUAUCUCAUUUUCACAUCAGGAAGCACGGGAACACCAAAGGGUGUCAAAAUCUCCCAUGAAUCAUACACCAGCAGUGCAUUCCCUCGCGCGAAAGCAGUGGGUUAUGAUGAAGACUCAAGAGUUCUUGACUUUGCCUCAUACGCCUUCGACGUUAGCAUCGAUAGUAUGCUUUUGACUCUCGGGAACGGCGGCUGUCUUUGCAUUCCCUCUGACGAGGACCGACUGAACGAUAUCAACGGAGCCAUCCGGCGAAUGCGGGUCAACUAUGCUGGUAUCACCCCUUCGAUGGCUCGUAUUUUAGAGCCAGAUGUCAUUGCUUCUCUCAGUGGCCUAGGUCUUGGCGGAGAAGCUGCUUCCCCUAGCGAUGUCAAUCUGUGGGGCCAGGAUGCCAGAAUCAUCAUUGGCUAUGGACCCUGUGAGUGUACCAUCGGCUGCACAGUGAAUAGCAGCGCUGCUACCGGGCGGGACUACAUUUCAAUCGGAACGGGAAAUGGAGCAGCAAUCUGGAUUGUCGAUCCUAAUAACCAUGAAAUACUCAUGCCCGUCGGUGCUGUUGGCGAGCUACUAGUUGAAGGCCCAAUUGUUGGGCAAGGAUACUUGAAUGAUCCAGAGAAGACUGCUGCCGCCUUCAUCAAAGAUCCAAAAUGGCUGCUUGAAGGCCAUGCUGAAUUUACUGGGCGCAGUGGUCGGCUUUAUAAGACCGGAGAUCUUGGUAAAUAUGAUCCUGAUGGUUCAGGUGGUAUCGUAUUUGCUGGCCGCAAAGAUACCCAGGUCAAACUGCGAGGUCAACGUGUCGAACUUGGGGAGAUCGAGAGUCAACUCAGAUCCAAGCUUUCUUCCGAAAUAAGCGUGAUCGUUGAAGUUAUCAAGCCAGAUGGAUCUGGCCAGCAGACAUUAGUGGCAUUUGUCACAUCUCAGUCUAUUUCAGGCUCAGACAACAGUGAUAUCAGAUCGACUCAGCUCUCUGAUGAUCAGCGCAAGUCUCUUGCUGAUGCGAAUACAAAGAUCAUGGCUGUUCUUCCAAGAUACAUGGUACCAACCGCAUAUAUACCAGUUAACUGUCUCCCAGUCUUGAUCUCAGGAAAGACAGAUCGCAGACGUCUUCGUCAGUUUGGCGCAACAGUGGACUUACGACAGCUGGGUCUGGGAUCUGAAAACACUGCCAUGCGCGAAUUGACUGAGGUCGAGGAGCGACUUCGACAGUCAUGGGGUCAGGUCUUGAAGCUUGAUGCAGAAGGAAUCCGACCUGAUGAUAACUUUGUCACGUUGGGUGGUGACUCUUUGGCCGCCAUGAAGCUUGUUUCGGUCUGUCGAGAACAGGGACUUGAUGUCACCGUGACUAACAUUUUCGGUCACCCAGUCUUGUCUGAAAUGGCUGUUGUAGCCCGGGUCUGUGAAGUCGAGACACGACAAGAAGUCCCCACCUUUUCAAUGAUCUCCCAAUCUAUUCAAAGCGCCACUUCUGAGGUCUCGGAGGUUUACGGCUUCGAUGCCGCAAAAGUCCAAGACAUUUAUCCGUGCACGCCGACACAAGAGUCACUUUUCACUUUCUCUCUGAAGUCUGAUAAGGCUUACGUUGCUCAGAGAGUUGCAACCAUUCCAAAUCACGUCAGUCUCGGAGCGUGGAAGAAUGCCUGGGAAGAAGUUGUCAGACAAAGUCCUAUUCUUCGCACUCGGGUGGCACAGUUGCAGGAGCCUGGUCUUCAGCAAGUCAUUUUGGACGAAGAUAUUUCAUGGAAACAUCCAACUGACUUGGUUGAAUAUUUGGGAAGAGAUAGGGGUGAAAAGAUGAAUCUUGGCGAAAGCCUCGCUCGAUAUGCCAUUGUGGAAGAUGUGACAAACAACAAGCGCUACAUGAUUUGGACCGUCCAUCACGUACUUUAUGACGGCUGGUCUGAGCCUCUCAUCCUCAAGAAGGUGCUUGAUGUCUUGGACAGCAAGCAACUCGGACCUGAGACUCAGAUGAGAGACUACAUUAAGUAUGUGCGUGAUACAGACGAGAAGGCCAUGGAAGAAUUCUGGCGGCGAGAGCUUGACGGUGCAGUUGGCCCUCAAUUUCCUCGUUUGCCAUCCCGAGACUUUUUACCAACACCUGACGGGUUUAUCGAGCAUCAGCUUGCUUUUACCAUGCCGGAAGGCGCAUCUUUCACUAUGGCCACUUUGAUUCGUGGCGCUUGGGCCCUGGUGGCAUCUCAGUACACGCGAAGUGACGAUGUUGUAUUUGGUGAGACUCUGACCGGUCGCGAUAUUGCACUGAGGGGAGUUGAAGGAAUCAUCGGCCCGCUUAUUGCAACGCUCCCUGUGCGUGUCAAUGUCAACCGACUGGCUACCGUGGAGUCAUAUCUCCACAAUGUGCAGAAGAUGAUUCUUGCUCGCGUACCAUAUCAGCAUAUGGGUAUGCAGAAUAUCAGAAAGGUCAGCCGUGAUGCUCAGCACGCUUGCGAGGCUGGUACUGGCUUGGUCAUUCAACCUGAGCCUGAUAACUCAGCAAGCGAGCUCGGGCUCGAACAGGGAGACGUGGCCCGAGAAGCCCUUCAUUUCAAUCCUUAUCCACUUAUGUUGGCAUGUGGAAUUCGCAAGAAUGGCUUCAGAAUAUGCGCUAGCUUCGACAGCAGCCUAAUCUCAGUCGCGCAGAUGAAACGUGUAUUGAUGCAACUCGAAACCGCAUGCCAACAGCUGACCAAGAAUAUGUCAAGAAGCGUUGGAGAAUUAUCGUGUCUUCCGGAGGUCGAGUUGAGUCAAAUUUGGAAUUGGAACCAAACAGCGCCGCUGUCCGCAAACGCGGAGCAAAAGAGAUUCCAGGCAGAUUCCAGCAUCAAGCAAGGUGCAGCUUACCCUCAAGCACUUGUUCCUUGGGUUUGUGACCCGCGUAAUCCGUUUAUUCUUUCGCCCAUCGGAUGUGCUGGUGAACUUUGGCUUGAAGGAUCUCUUUUGUCAGGUGAAACAAUUGACAGCCCCGACUGGCUCGUGGCCGGAAGUUCUGAAAUUCCUGGCCGAGAAGGACAGCUUCAGGCAACUGGGGAUAUGGUUCAGCUACUUGAAAAUGGUAGCUUGGUGUUUGUUGGGCGCAAGGAGAAUGUCGUGCCAGCUCAAGGACACGCCGUUGACAUCGCGGAGGUCGAGGUAAACAUCGCCCAGCAGCUAGAUCCUUCUGUUAUCUCUGCUGCAGCUGUGGUCCAGAGCAAUCCUUCCCAGACAAGGAAAUCGAUGGAGCAGCAACUCAUUAUCUUCAUCGAGCAAACACCGAUUGACGGGGACAUCGUGUCACUACUUUCGGAAUCGCGUCAAAUCAGUUGCGAAAUUCCCGGUCAAUAUUUACACGCAACCAUCAGCUCGACAAUUUCCGUUGAACUUGCUCUGGCAUUGAAAAAGCUGAACAGAUUUGCUCAAGACAACCUGCCGUCCUAUCUGGUCCCUACAGCAUAUAUCGUGAUCGAGCGGAUGCCCACUCAUAUGGAUAAUGUUGAUCAUAAUCUGCUCAAUAAACUGGCAUCAAACAUUCCUUCCGACUUGCUUGAGCAAAUCAGACAGUCAUUUGAGACGGCGUGGGAAAGCAACGCCGUCCGAAGCAGUUUGACACCGUCCGAAAGCAUCCUUCGAUCGGCAUGGUCAAAGAUUCUAGCCAUUGUGGAAGAAAGGAUAGACGUUGACGACAAUUUCUUCCGACUAGGUGGUGACUCCGUCUUAGCGAUGAAGUUGGUAUCAUCUCUUCGCUCUCAAGGACACGGUUUGACGGUCGCGAACAUUUUCCAAAACAUGCGCCUGGGUGAUGCUGCGAAGGUACUGAAGGUUGAUCAAGCUUCAAUAAGCAAGGCCCUAGCUUAUCGACCAUUCUCUCUUGUGGAUCAUUCCGACCUAGAAAUGUUUUUGUCGACCUUUGUCCGACCGAAGCUUGCCAAUCCGAGUUGGAAAAUUCGCGAUGUGUACCCAGUGACAGAUUCACAAGCACUCGAUAUCAAGGCAACUAUUCAGCCACCACGUACUUCAAUGCAGUACACUAUGCUAUAUUUUGAUGGAAAAAUCAGUCGCGAUAGGUUGCUCCGGGCUUGUGGUGAACUCAUAAAAACACACGACAUCUUGAGAACAGUCUUCAUUGAGCAUGAGUCAACAUUCCUCCAGGUCGUUUUGGACGGAAUUUACGCGCCCAUGGUGACGCAAAGGGCCGAGAAAGAACUGGAGCAAACUGUUGUUGAUGUUUGCACCUCUCACGCUGAGGAAGAUUUCCAACUGGGAUCGCCAUUUUUCAAGAUUUUCCAUGUCCAAGAAACCGAUGGCCGCGAAUGUCUUAUCCUUGGUCUCUCCCAUGCGCAGUAUGAUGGUGUUUCGUUACCUCGCCUUCUGCAGGAUUUGGAAGCACUGUAUACUGGAAGCGAUAUUCUGGAUUACGUGCCAUUUUCUACGUACAUGGCUCGUAUAUCGGAUAGCCGCGCAAACAGAAAGGCUAUUUCGUACUGGGAUAAGCUUCUGGCUGGCUCAUCCAUGUCAAUCCUGGAAGGAAAAUCGGGACAGCCUACGGAGAAGGCAGUGUUCCACACAAAGCCCGUCGAGGUUUCCUUUUCUCUCGAUGAAAUAACCACUGCAAGCCUACUCACGGCUGCAUGGGCAUUGGUCUUGGCCCGCGACCUUCAGCAACCAGAUGUGACUUUCGGAAGUGUUACGUCGGGUCGAAUGCUUGACUCCGCGGAUGUGGAAAAUGUCAUGGGACCAUGCUAUCAGCUGACCCCUGUCAGGGUUCCUUUCGAAGCCAACUGGACUGGCAUGGACUUGCUGAAAUUCGUUCAGAAGCAAGGUGCUGAGUCUGCAGCCUAUGACUUUGUCGGCUUCCAGAAAAUUUCACAGCAAUGUGCUAAGUGGCCCUCGGAUGUGCAGUCGUUCGAUUCCCUUGUGCAUCAUCAAGACUGGGAUGACUUUGACACUAUGCCAUUUGCGGGAGAGUCUCUCAAGGUGGAUAUACUGAAUCCCCACGGAGAUUCCCCUAGUCCAUUGAAGGUGGUAUCUUAUCUCCGCGAGGGGCAGAUGCACGUUGGACUGGUUGGAUGUGAAAGUGAGACGGAAUUUGUGGACAAGCUUCUUGAUCAACUAGUUUCUACAGUUCAGAAACUUGGGGUUCAUCAAUCAGAACUUUUGUUCGAUGCCAAUUUCUUUUGA